UACAUACUUCAGUGCGUCACGUAGGCGCUUCAAAGUUUUCAUUUUUGCAAAAUUUACGAUUUAAUGUUAAAGUGGAGCAAAACACAAAAGGUACGGAAAAAAAUAGCUGGCACAUAGACGGAAGUACAUAUGUAUAGUGGCCCCAUGUACUACUUAAAAGAAUGGCAAACUUUGAACACGACCGAAAUCCCACUAAUGCUUGACAACCAACCGCCCACAGAAAUUAAAACUAAAACGUUGCAACAAUUUUGCCCGAUGUUUUCACUUUGUCCGGACUCUGGAGCUGGAGCUGGGUCCGGAUCCGGGUCUGAGGCCUCGUCAAUUAUUGAGGAGCAGCUCGGCGACUGCAAAAGGUGUGCUUUUAAUUGUCCUCGUCACCGUGGCCGUCGCGGCAUUGUUGUUUUUGUCUUUAUUGUCGAUAUAUUUAGCACAAAACCCCUGCGACCCCAACAAGAUACUCUUGGCACAAAUUGCUGGGGUUGUUGGUUGUUUUCGGUAUUCGUGUUGAUGUUGCUGUUGAUGUUACUCUUUGUUUAGCAGCUUGUUAUAUCCUUGCAAAGGGUAUUUAAACUUUGUGACACAGUGAACACAACAUAUCCGGGCCUAUAUAUUAUACAUAUGUUAUAUGUAUAUCCUUGAUCAGGAUUUUCAUCAAGGUACUCUUAGCUAGUCUCAUUUCCAUUGUCUGGCUCGAAUAUGGAAAGCUAUACUAUUUGGCGCCAAAUGCAAGCACGAAUAACGAUAAAAUAAGGUUUAUCCAAGUUAUGGCUAUUUUAUUAAAAUUUAUGAAAACGGACCAAUUUAAGCAUUGUUAAUCAAGCUAAAAACAAGGAACCCAAUUGGGAACUUUAGGGCUUUAUAGCCAAUAUUU